UGUGUGUGUGUGUGUGUGUGUCCUAAAAUAUUUUAAGAUGAAUCAGGUGUAAAAGCUAACAUUGUCCAUAGGGACAGCUUUCCAUUCAGUAUAGUGACUUGGGAAAUUCCACCCCACAGAUCCCUAUUUAACACUCUCUUAAACUAUAUAAACUUCUGUUUCUCAGUGAACCUUUACAACCAGCUAGCUUAAAUACAUCUUGCACAGGCAAAGUAAUCUAUCUUGUAGUCUUUAAACCUAUCCAUAACUGUUCAUUGAUGAACCAGUGUUGGUUUUAAUUUUGUGGAUUAGUAAACAGCAUCUUGUUAAGUUACUUCAUUAUCUUUAAGGCCUUCACAGUGAUUAAAAGGUUCUGAAGUGUUUUCAGAAAAUGAACUUCUCAGAGAAUGGCGCCAGAAGUCCGGAAAGCUUUGAGGAAUUUUUCAGCAAAAUAUUAGUAAGCGUUUUUCUUGGAUUUAUCAUAAUUUGUAUCAAUGGAUCACUUGUUUUCACCUUCUUCAAAAGCUCAGUUUUCUAUAACAAUCCAAGAUAUGUUUUAUACAUACAUUUGGUUAUCAAUGACAUGAUUAUGGUUGGUGUCUCUGUGACUCUCCUUGUAUUGGCAUAUACAUGGAACAAUGUACGCAUUUCAUUCUGUUGUGUAUUACUAAUCAUAGCUUCAGCCACUCAGAAGAACACACCACUAAUCUUGGCUGCUAUGGCAAUUGAGCGUUAUAUUGCCAUCUGUAAACCUUUGCAUCAUUCUCAGAUCUGUACAUUACAUAGAACUUUUAUUCUUAAUGUUUUGAUAUGGGGAGUUGGACUUAUUCCUCCACUGACAGACUUUGUUAUUUCUGCCAUCCUAUUUCCUUUGUUCAUUUAUAACACUGUAACUGUCUGCUCUUCAUCAUUUCUGUACAACACUGUUCAUCAUGAUCAGAGAAAGCAAGCUACAGAGGCAAUUUACAUGUCCUUUGUGUGGAUCGUUCUUGUCUACACUUAUUGUAGGGUGCUGAUUGCAGCCAGAAAGAUGUCAAGUGACAAGGAAUCUACUAAAAAAGCCAAGCGAACAAUCCUUUUGCAUGGAGUACAGCAAUUGCUCUGUAUGUUGUCCUUUACCCCUCCUGUGCUAGACUUUGUUUUUGUUCGUAUUUUGCCUACUCAAUGGAGAAAGAUCAGUUUUUAUGCAUACUUGAUAACAAACAUUGUGCCACGCCUGCUCAGUCCACUAAUUUAUGGUAUGCGAGAUCAGACAUUUGUCAAACAUUUGAAUAGAAAUUUCUCAUUCAGAGUAUUAAUUUUAAAAGUAGAAUCUGACAAAAACAUAGUCAUAAAAUAA